CAACAUUGCGCAUGCGCACGCGCUAGUUAGGCUUACAGAGAAAGGAAGCAAUGUCGAUAGAGGAUCCGUUUUUCGUUGUAAAGGGGGAGGUGCAGAAGGCCCUCUCUCGUGCUCGGGGUCUGUUUGAUAGAUGGGAGGAACUGUUACAAGAGGGCACACAGGUUAGUCGAGAUGAGCUGGACUGGAGCGCCAAUGAGCUCAGGAACUGUUUGCGAGCCAUCGACUGGGACCUGGAGGACCUCAGUGAAACGAUCAGCAUUGUGGAGUCAAACCCAGGGAAGUUCAAGCUGGGCGACAAUGAACUUCAGGAGAGGAGAAACUUUGUGGAACGAACCAGGAAGUCCGUUCAGGAGAUGAAAGAUCAGUUGUCCAGGCCAUCUGCUGUGGCUCAGACAGAAAAGAAGAGCAGGCAGGAGCAGGACCGGUCAACUGGACUGGAGGCUCACCUGGUGUCGGCCAACUCUAGGUACAUCCAGGAGCAGCAAGAGCAGCAGCAGCUGAUCAUGCAUGAGCAAGAUGAGCAGCUGGAGUUGGUGUCGGGAAGCAUCAGAGUCCUUAAAGACAUGUCUGGACGUAUCGGAGACGAGCUAGACGAGCAGGCUGUCAUGUUGGGGGAUUUUGGAGAUGAGAUGGACCAGACGUCAUCUCGCAUGGAUUCAGUCCUAAAGAAGCUGGAGAAAGUUUCUCACAUGACCAGCAGUCGAAGACAGUGGUGUGCCAUCGGCGUGCUGGUUGCCAUCUUGAUUGUCGUCCUCAUCCUCUUCUUUGCUCUUUGACGACCUCUGACCUCCUGAUGAUGUUCCCCUGCUCCUCCCUGUCAGGAUGAACGGACAGAAACAGAUGGAAAGAAGAAUGUCUCCUCCUUCCCCCUUGAAACACUCCCUUUACUCUCAUGGAGUAGUCGGUGGUCUGCAGAGAAGAGCUGAGACUCGAUCAUCAGACCCUCUUUGAAUGGAUCUGGUGGGCAGAAGAUGGUAUUAUUUUUGGUGUAUUUGUGCAUUGCAGUUCUUGGUGGAAAUCUUGGUACACAACAGGGGGAGAAAAACACAAAAGCUGCACAUUGAUUUGCUUCUGGAGAUUAUUUACAUCAUUAAAUAAGACCUGCAGGGUUUGAGAAAUACACCCACAGGUUCUUCAUAAUGAUCAAAUCGUAAACACCCUAAACAAGUGAAGACUCCAUGCUGUCAAAGGAGUUUUUAAAUAUUCAAAAAUUCUAUCCGCUUGUGUUUUUAACCCAACACAAAUAAAAAUUCACAGGCGAGACCAGUGCUGGGCUGUUGCCUUAAAUAUAUUUUUAUACUAUUUUUGAACUGUGGAUAACUUUCAUGUGCCUACCUGUAAAAUGGGAUUUAAAAAAAUACAUUACGGCUGGUUAAAAAUGCUGAGCGGCAGUUUCUCUAGUCUAUAAGCCUGCCGAUCCGCAUCUCUGCUGUCAUAACUGCAAAUGUGUGUAGUGCAAACAUACGAGCUGCUGUCAUAUGCGGCUCAUGUUUCAUAGGGAAUGUAGACGUUCCAGCAGAAAGCGGUUUUAUUUCCCAACCUGAGACAGGAUCAGGUGAAGUAGGGUCUGCAGCCAACCCGCCUCUGCACUCCAUCAGACGUUAAACUGCAUGAUUUGCCCUGGCUUUGUUACUCUCGCUGGCUGAUGAGAGACGGCCUUGGCUCGGAGCGAAUGGGUUCGCCUCUUUUAUUUGAAAGCAUCUGCUAAUGAGGGGAAGUAGUUGCUGGGCAAGAUGUUUCUUUGUGUGGCCCAGAUUUAGGCUCACAGCUCCCUCUGCUGGAUGUUGUGGGUUAUGUCCUUUUUAAAAAUAUGGCAACACUAAGGUUCGUUGGAAGUGCUGUAUCUGAAGCACAAUGCUUUAAUUUUCUGUCCUGCAAGUAAAAUCAUAUAACAGUACAAAGAUCAUUCUGUAGGCUUCAUUUUUGUUUUUGUAUUUGCUGUAAUCCAAAUGUCUUCACUUGAAUUAUAGAUUUGGAAAGAAAAACAAUCUUUCAUCCCAUUUGUCUCCUACUAACAGAGCCGAGUGAGGUUUACUCCUCUUGGUACGUGUGCUUUUAAUCUCUUUUUAAAUAUCCAACCCAUUGUGGUACGGUGAAAAAAAACAAAAUCCACAGACGUACUUUCCACUUCUGUUACGAUCUCUUGGAGCGAAACAGUAACUUCUAAAGCGUCUAUAUUUUUAUUUGUGUUAAACUGAAAAACAGCAUUGUGAACUUGAUAAAGCACUGCUUUAUCAAGUUUGGCUUCAAGAGACAAGGAGAAAACAGCUUGAAGAAGUUAAAAUCUUUUGCACCAAAAUAAGAAUAAGGUUAAAAAAACGGUUUUGUAGUAUUGAGAAAGUUUGGGAAUUUUCAGUCCUAGUUACUGGCGAACCGGUUACUUUAAAGAAAGCUCCUUCAGAAGAGGGAAUAACUGCCAUUAAACGCGUCCUAAAUAUGUGCCGGUAGUCGCGACUUAUCCUCCUACAUACAACAGCUAAGAACACUUUGUUUGUAAAAAAAACUUUUUGAUGAAACGACCAAAAAGUUUCUGGAUAAGAUUGUUCUAUUAAUCUCUGGUAUCAUGUCUAUUAGCACAAUAAGGUAUUUUAUUUUUAUUUUUUUUUGUUACUGUUCAUUUUGCUGAACUGCCAUUUUUAUAGAAGUAUGUUGUUUUAUUUGCAGCUAGAGACAAGACUGAUCCCAAAAAAAGAGAAGAAAACAAAAGAAAAACAGCACUGUCUGAUUGCAGCUUCUCUGUGUAUUUUAUGAAAUGUGUUUAACAUGAAUAAUCAAGUUCAAUUUGAAAAACUUUGUCCACCAAAUGAGCUGUAUGUUUGAAUCAAUACAGGAUUUGGAGUCUUGCUUC